AUGGAGAGAUUAGCAGUGAAGGUAAAAGACUGGAGUCUAAACAAGGAAAUUUUCAUGAUCACAGGUGAUUCAAAUUCUAAGCAUAGGGAACAGUCUGUGGAACGCUUUAACAUUUCAGCUGAUGCUAAAAUCUUCCUUGGCUCCAUUAAAGCUUGUGGGGAAGGAAUCUCUCUAGUGGGGGCUUCUCGAAUCCUAAUUAUGGAUGUUCAACUUAACCCUUCAGUAACUCGCCAGGCAGUAGGCCGUGCAUUUCGACCAGGACAAAAGAAGAAAGUCUAUGUCUAUAGAUUGGUUGCUGCUGAUUCGCCUGAAGAGGAAGACCACUUUAUCUGCUGUAGGAAGGAAUUGAUUUCAAGAAUGUGGUUCGAGUGGAACGAGAGCUGUGGAGACCAAGAUUUUUAUAUGAAGACUGUUGAUGUCAAUGAAUGUGGUGAUAUGUUCUUGGAAAGUCGAUUGCUGCAGGAAGAUAUAAAAGUUUUGCGGAAAAGGUAA